GGAACCUAUACCUUACAAUCAAGAAGCAAGCACAAAGAAAUCAAAUUGGCUUAUACUAGCUCGUAAAAACGAUGUUGGAUACUGGAUUGGAAGGCCAUAAACGUCGUUUACAUGACAACCGGUUGAGCAGUUUUUCAAAAUCGACUGAUGUGUGAACCAAAUAAACUCUUAGAAGGUUUGCCAUUUUUGCCUGGAAAUACGUUCAGGGACCCCACACAAAAUAAUUUACAUUUGUCACACACUCUCAGUUUGAAAAACGGUUUUCAGUAUGCCAAACCUUAUCCAGAAGUUGGUAUUGGCGGUCGUCCUUUGAAAGUUAACCAGCUUACCGAGGAAGAAUUGGAUGAAUUGGCGAAUUUUCAACCUACCUUAACGUAUGGAAGGGCGAAACAAGCACCUCCGUCUGCAUUCGUACCGGCUCAUGUAGCACUACACAAUAAAGUUCUUCGAUUUUAUGGGUACUUCAAAGAGACGGUUAAUGAAUCUCCAGCUGAGCACUACAGGGUCAGACUAGUACAGAUAUUCUAUUUUCUUGAGGAUGACAGUAUGUCAGUAAUGGAGCCACCUCAAAAUAAUAGCGGCAUACCACAAGGUAAACUUGUUCGCAGACACAGAAUCCCAAAGAAUGAUGUCGGUGACUGUUACAAUUGGCGUGAUCUUAAUUUGGGUAUAAGUCUACCCAUAUAUGGUCGAGUUUAUCGCAUAACAAACUGUGAUAAGUUUACAAAGGAUUUCUUAGAAAGUGAAGGUGUUGUAGUCAAUCAACCAGAACCUGAACCAAUUGAUCCAUAUUUAGCUGAAAGAGCAAAACGUGAGGCAAUAGCUGUUGGCAAAACACCUUCAUCAUUUGAUAAACGACGACAAUAUCUUGAAUUGGAUCGUAAAGUCCUACGAUUUUUCGCUGUUCAAGAUGAACGACAUGAAAUGUUUGGUGACUGUCGUAAAUUUAUCAUACAUUACUAUUUAGCUGAUGAUACACUGGAGAUACGUGAGGUUCAUACACUGAAUGAUGGUCGUGAUCCCUUCCCAUUAUUGUUAAGACGUGAAAGGAUACCAAAGAGUCGGGAUGAUAUACCUCCAUACUUUCCAAGUAUAAGUAUGGAGAUAACAGAAAAUGAAGUUAAAGAAUAUUUUUCACCGAGAGAUUUUCGUAUUGGCCAGUCAGUGAAUAUACUUGGACGAAAAUAUUUAAUCUAUGACUGUGAUAGCUUUACAAAAGCCUGGUAUCAUAAUAAUUUUGGACUGACAGAUUUUACUCCUUUGGAUGUAGAAAUUAAACAACCAGAAAUACCGAAAAAAGAAAUUCCACCAUUUACCGGAUAUGGUACAAUUGAAGACAGUUUAUCUUCAACAAAAUCGUUUAUACUAAAACCUCCAAAAGCUGAUUUUGCUAAACAAGUCGAUUAUGCACAAAAAGUUUUAAGAUAUGAAACCCGCUUGGAUAGUGUUCGACCAGAAGAUGCAUCUAGACGAUUUAUUCUAUCCUACUGGUUAGCUGAUGAUAUGAUAUCAAUUUUUGAAACUCCUGUAAGAAAUUCUGGUUUCAUUGGUGGAACAUUUCUUAAAAAAGCAAGAGUUGCUAAACCUGGUAGUACAAUCGACAAUCCAGUGUACUAUGGUCCAGCAGAUUUUUCUUUAGGUUCAAAAAUUGAUGUAUUUGGUACACGUUUCAUUAUAACAGAUGCUGAUGAAUAUGUUGUAAAGUUUCUUGAAGCAAAUCGUGAUCAAUUUCCUGAUGAAUUGAUCACUUGUCUAAGAGCACGUUUAACAGAAAAAGAAAUUCAAGAGAAGGCAAAGCAACAAAUGAAAUCUAAAAUGAGUAAAGGAUGUAAUCUUGAAUUUAGACGAGAAGAAGGUGAUAUUAAUGAUGUAAUGAAUGAAGUAAGAACUCAGCUGAAGAAAAUGGCAAUUACAGAUAAAUGUAGAAUUGAUGAUAUGUUUCUUACGUAUAAUAAAGAUCGACUUGGUUUUAUUGAUAUUGAAAAUCUAAAGGAUAUGUGUAAAAAGAUAAAUAUUCCACCGGAUGAAGAUAUUCUGAAUGCUGUAUGUUUUUUGUUUCAUCAGUAGUAUUUUUAACUUCAUUUUUUAAUCAUUCCUUUGUAUUCUGACUGUAACACUGAACUUGAAGUCUCAGUAACCAAUCUCUUACUUUUAUAGAGUAGAGUUACUAACUUCACAACUAAGCUUCUCUCAAUUCUGGGUUCACUAAUGGCUGGUAAACUAUAUGGGAUUUAAGAGUGCUUCAGUCGGGAAUCGAACCUGGACUACCUGAGUGGCUAACUGGACAUUAUAAAAGUGAUCUACAGACUCAAGUUUUCAAUUUAAGUACAAUUUUGUUUGUUAAUAGUGAAUUUUGAUGUUUAAAAUGAUAUUCUCCAAUCACAGUGAUAUCGUUCAAAAUUAUGUAACUGGAUACACAUAAACGAAUAUGAAUCAAUUGGCUAACAGAUAAUUUAACUUCUGAAGUACUUAAAUUUCAAUAGAUAGGCAUAUAAAUAUUUGAAAAACUGGGUUAAAGUUGAUUCUUUCAUCUGUCAGACAGAUGAACGAAAAACUUUAGUACAAUGUAUAUCAGUUCAAGUUGACGCACUUCAAAAAGCUGCUUGAAAAAUAUGGCACGAAUGGAAGAAUGUCAUUAGAACAGUUUGGAAAGUUUUUUGAACUACCAUAAUGGAAUUAUGAUUAGAGAAUAACACUAUCUUAUACUAUGAAAAAGAUAAAUACUAUCAUCCCUGCUUGUGUUUGUGUUACUUACCAUUUU